AUGGACAAGGAGCUUGAUCAAUUUGAGAAAUUUGAUACACUUGGAACCCAUCGGCUUUCAUACGACGCCAAGGACGAAUCGAAGAGGCUUACAUACGACACUGACAGAAAAUCUGUUACUCCUUAUUGGGUUACUCGUGCCAUCCAGUUCCUCAAAGAUUAUGAGCAGAUACCAAGCGAGCCCACGGACAACCAAGAGCGUAUUAAGCUCCAGGCCUUUAUGUUCCUAGGGAAAGACUCGGAGAAUAGAACAAAACAUGAACUUACAAUCACACUUGAGCUUGAGGCUAAACUGCAUGGAAACAGCGAAUUUACGCAUACUCCAAUUCCGUGGAAAGAAGGGACGGAAGAGCAUUCGAAGGUCAUUUACAUUCACGCAAGGGAAGCAAAGCUAGAUGAACUCAUUAUCACUUACUACGUAAAUUGGAAUGUCAUCUUUCGUACCAAACAGGGUAGAACUUGCGCAAAGGGUCCUCUGGUGGUCCCUAUUCAGGACACUGAUUCACUCAUGGUUCUUACGUGUCUCAAUCCAGUCAGCGGCUUGUUUGGUGAGCCAAAGCGCCUCUAUUGCCUCAUUAAAGAUUUCCAUAAAAUCCCAGACCCUGAAUGGCUUCACAAUGAGAGCGAGGCCGUGGAGGAUACAAAUUUUGUCUAA